AUGACCGAUCUAUUCCGCGACUUAGACUUUGCAGUAGUUUAUUUGGACGACAUACUAAUUUUUAGUAGCACAAAAGAGGAACACUGGCAACAGUUAGAUAAAGUACUGAGUCAUUUGAAAGAGGCAAAACUAAUCGCAAAAGUAGAUAAGUGUAAAUUUGGCCAGGAAUCUGUAAACUUUUUAGGCCAUCAAGUUUCCAAACAUGGCAUUGAAUCACUACAAGAAAAAUGCGAAGCAAUUAGGAAAAUGCAAAUAAGGAAAGAGAUUGAGGGCGUACAACGCUUCUUAGGAGUGUGCAAUUUCUACAGAAGGUUCAUCCAUAACUGUAGUCAUAUUGCUCAACCACUAGUGAACUUCCUAUCACAAAUCGAACAUUGGUCUAAAAGACAAGAGGAAGCAAUAGAAAAUCUUAGGAAGGCGUUGAGCUCCCCACCAUUAUUAACCCCAUUUACCACUGGAGAUAACUGCAGACUAACAACGGACGCUAGUAUGCAGGGACUAGGCGCCGUACUAGAAAAACUAUUGGAUAACAAGGUAUUAGGUGUCGUUAAUUAUUUUAGUAAAACUUUCCAAAGUCCGUAA